AUGUCAAAAAGAAUAUCAAAACCACAUCGACCCUCAAAAAAAGGUACUAAAAAAACAACUUAUCCACGUAACGAAAAUAAAAGAUUCAUUGAAGAUAGUGUUAUUGGAGUAAGUGGUUUUGGAUUCGAAUUUGAUGUAAUUCUUUCAUUAACUUUAUUAAAAAAUGUUAGUCAAUUUAAACGGUCUUCAAUUAAACUAUUACAUUCAAAAGAGGAAAUGAAAGAGUGUGAUAUUGUUCUUGGAUAUGGCGGACAAUAUGAUCCAUCAUUAAAUUUAUUUGACUAUCAUCAAAAAGGAUUUAAUAAAAAAUAUCCAGGUUCAUCAUAUCUAAUGACAUGUUCAUCAAUGGUAUUCCUUAAAUUUGGAAAAGAGAUUGUACAUUCUUGUUGUUUGAAAUACAUUGAUCCUAAAGGUAACUCAAUAAAAGUAACAGAUGAAAUCAUUCGGUUAGCUUGUAAAUUUUAUUAUCUUAAUCGGUUAGAAUCAAUAGAUGCUAUUCUGAAUGGUGUUUUAUGUUAUAAUAGUCCAACAAAAUAUGAACCAUUAACAGAUGGGAUUUAUAUCACAUCUGAUUAUUGUAAUUCAAUUGAUGAUAUUAAAUUAAUUGUGACAAAUGAAUAUAAAACUUUUAAUUCAACAAUGAAUUUAGCAAUAGAAACAGCAGUUUUAUAUCAUCCAGUAAUGCGAAAUGCUAAAAGUUCAUUAGAAAAGCAAGGUCUUGAUAAAAGAAUUUUGCUUUUUGAUAAACCAGUAAAAAGUAAUUUAAUAAUUCAAGUAGAGAAAGAGCUAAAAUGUGAAGGAAACUUUUUGUUCUUUAUUAGACACUCUCCAAAAGGAUAUUUUAUUUUUUCGAUUAAUGAAACUCAAUUUGUUAACCGUAAAAGUUUACCUAAAUCAUGGAGAGGUAAAGAAAAUGAAGAAUUAGAAGAAGCUUGUGGAGAAAAAGGUGCAUUGUUUUGUCAUCAUAGUGGCUUUAUGUUAUCAUGCUCAAGUCUAAGUGUUGCAACUAAACUUGCUAUUAAAGCAAUGACAGAAGAAUAAAAUUAA